GGUCCACACUCAGAACAAUGAGGCUGGUCAUCCUCGUGUGCCAGCUUGGCCUCAUUUUGAGGACCGAGGCCCAGAUACCAGAUGCCUGCGUUGUUAGCGAUACGAACAGGCCUCCAGAAAAUUCUGACAUUACUGUGACCUGCGGCACUAAGUAUAUGGACCUAAGUAUCUACCUUUGCCCAGUGUAUCAAGCAAAUUACAAUGAAUCUCUGAUGGUCGUCAAUAAUCAGUAUGACAAACCUGCGUGUUUCGGGACUGCUGUCUGGACUGUUGACCCACCAGUAUUAAAAUUCAGAUUCUCCUUAAAUGAGAGUUCCAUGUCAUCCUGCAAUAACAACUUUAAGAUAAUCAAUCAAGUUGGGAGUGGAGAGUUUGCAGAUUUCUCCAAUGUCCAGUACGUCAACAUCUCUGGCACAAUUACCUCUGUAGACCCCUCUGCAGGUAUGAUCACCUACCGCCCGCAGAUCCUGUACAAGUUCUCCUGCCUCUACCCGAUGCAGUAUCUCCUUAACAACACUGAAGUGGGCGUAUCAGGUGUGAGUCUCGCCAUAAGAGACAACAAUGGUACCUUCAUCAGCACACUGAGUAUGCAGCUCUACAAAGAUGAUCAGUACAAAGAGAUUCUUUCCAUACCAACAACAGGACUCAACCUGAAGACCAAGAUUUAUGUGGCAGUUAUUGCUACCAAUCUAACAGAGAGGUUCAACGUUCUGCUUGACAGAUGCUAUGCAACAACAAGUCCAUACCCCGUGCUUAACACCUAUUAUGACCUUUUCGUAGGGUGUAACCAUGAUGCACAAACUAAGGUGGAGCUCAAUGGGGCGUCUCAGACGGCACACUUCUCCUUUGAGGCCUUCAGAUUUGUGGAGCACAAAAAUCAGACAGUUUCCACUUUCUACCUGCACUGCAACACCAGACUCUGUGAGGUGUCCUCAUGUAGCAGCUUACUGCCUGAAUGUGGAGGUUCCCAGAAGAGGAGAAAGAGAGAGGCACAGGAUGUGUCGGCCAAUGCUACAGUCACCUCGUCCGCCAUUAUUGUGGGAAAACAGAGCAGUGGAGAUGCUCAAACAUUCUCAGCCUCUCAGGGAAUGUCAUCUGAAAGCAAUUACAGCAGCCCCGUGGUGGCUGUCAUUGUGUGCAUCAUCAUCCUAGCUAUUCUCAUCAUCGCCAUGGGUGUUUACUUUGCGUUGUACCUCAGACAGAAAAAACCAAUCAUUCAGUGACAUCACCUGACUGAGAUUGGGGUCCCUUCAUGCCUCCAUCAAACUGCCAGCUCAACACUCUAUCAUCUACAAAGUGUGGCCAUUAUGCUGCAAAGAUAGUAAAAAAAGUCAUGAGAAGCACUAGUCAUGCAACUAUUUAGCUUUUUCAUUUCACAAAUAGAAUUAUAACAAGGUGGUCUGCAAUAAUCUGACUUUGCAAUUUUAUAAUCAUUAUCAAUCAUAUACAGAAAUUGUAAUCAUGUACAAAAUUUGUGUAUUAUAAUUGUUAGUUUUAAUUGUGUUUUCAGAGUCACAUGGAAGUAUUUAACGAAUAGCAUAAUUACGUGUAAUCAGUUAGAAAUGGUGAACUUGAAAAAUGUUUUCAGUGACAAUGAUGGAAAAAAAGUACUCAUGCUUUCUUCUUUGAUAAAACACCAUUAAAAUAAAUAUUAAUAUUUU